GGGCGAAGCCCGGCAGCGCAUGCCCCGUGAGGGCUGCCAUCCUUGGCCGCCGUCGCCACCGCCCACUCGGGGCUAGAGAGCGAGGUGCAGGCUGUAACCUAGCGGAGACCCGGCCCGACUGGGCGAGCGUACGGCCAUGGCUCCGUGGCUGCAGCUCUGCUCCUUCUUCUUCACUGUCAACGCCUGUCUCAACGGCUCGCAGCUGGCAGUGGCCGCGGGCGGCUCGGGCCGUGCGAGGGGCGCGGACACCUGUGGCUGGAGGGGAGUGGGGCCUGCCAGCAGAAACAGCGGACUGCACAACAUCACCUUCAGAUAUGACAACUGUACCACCUACUUGAAUCCUGUCGGGAAGCAUGUGAUUGCUGAUGCCCAGAACAUCACCAUCAGCCAGUAUGCUUGCCAUGACCAAGUGGCAGUCACCAUUAUUUGGUCCCCAGGGGCCCUUGGCAUUGAAUUCCUAAAAGGAUUCCGAGUCAUCCUGGAGGAGCUGAAGUCGGAGGGCAGACAGUGCCAACAGCUGAUUCUAAAGGACCCCAAACAGCUCAACAGCAGCUUCAGAAGGACUGGAAUGGAAUCUCAGCCUUUCCUGAAUAUGAAAUUUGAGACGGAUUACUUUGUAAAGAUUGUCCCUUUCCCUUCCAUUAAAAAUGAAAGCAAUUACCAUCCCUUCUUCUUCAGAACACGGGCCUGUGACCUGUUGUUACAACCUGACAACUUGGCCUGUAAGCCCUUCUGGAAGCCUCGAAACCUGAACAUCAGCCAGCAUGGUCCCAACAUGCAUGUGUCCUUCGACCAUGCCCCACAGAACUUCGGCUUCCGUGGCUUCCAUGUUCUCUAUAAGCUCAAGCACGAAGGCCCCUUCAGGCGGAGGACUUGCAGGCAGGACCAGAAUACAGAGACAACCAGCUGCCUCCUCCAAAACGUUUCUCCAGGGGACUAUAUCAUUGAGCUGGUGGACGACAGCAACACCACCAGGAAAGCUGCUCAGUACGUGGUGAAGUCAGUGCAGUCUCCCUGGGCUGGACCCAUCAGAGCUGUGGCCAUCACUGUGCCUCUGGUUGUCAUAUCCGCGUUCGCAACACUGUUCACUGUGAUGUGCAGAAAGAAGCAACAAGAAAAUAUAUAUUCACAUUUAGAUGAAGAAAGCCCCGAGUCAUCCUCAUACACUGCGGCUCUCCCUAGAGACAGGCUCCGGCCUCGGCCCAAAGUCUUCCUCUGCUACUCCAGUAAAGAUGGCCAGAAUCACAUGAACGUGGUCCAGUGUUUCGCCUACUUCCUGCAAGAUUUCUGUGGCUGUGAGGUGGCUCUGGACCUGUGGGAAGAUUUCAGCCUCUGCAGAGAGGGGCAGAGAGAAUGGGUCAUUCAGAAGAUCCAGGAGUCCCAGUUCAUCAUUGUCGUGUGCUCCAAAGGCAUGAAGUACUUUGUAGAUAAGAAGAACUUCAGACACAAAGGAGGCAGUCGCGGCAGCGCGGCGCAAGGAGAGCUCUUCCUGGUGGCCGUGGCAGCCAUUGCUGAGAAGCUCCGUCAGGCCAAGCAGAGCUCAUCUGCCGCACUGAGCAAGUUCAUCGCUGUCUACUUCGAUUAUUCCUGUGAAGGGGAUGUGCCCUGCACCCUGGACCUGAGCACCAAGUACAAGCUCAUGGACCACCUUCCUGAGCUCUGUUCCCAUCUGCACUCAGGAGAGCAGGAGGAGCUGGGUCAGCACGCGGGCCACAACAGCAGAAGGAACUACUUCCGGAGCAAAUCUGGCCGCUCCCUGUAUGUUGCCAUUUGCAACAUGCACCAGUUUAUUGAUGAGGAACCCGACUGGUUUGAGAAGCAGUUUAUACCCUUCCAACAUCCCCCUGUGCGCUACCGGGAGCCAGUCCUGGAGAAAUUUGACUCAGGCUUGGUUUUAAAUGAUGUCAUAAGUAAACCAGGGCCAGAGACUGACUUCUGUCGGAAAAUCGAGGCUUCUGUACUUGGGGCCGCUGGGCCAGCCGACUCUUAUUCAUACCUGGAGAAUCAGCAUGUAGGCCUGGACCAAGACACUGAGGCCCAGCCCGCCUGUGAUAGUGCCCCUGCCUUGCAGCCCCUGUUACACACAGUGAAAGCUGGCCGUCCCUCAGAGAUGCCACGGGACUCGGGCAUAUAUGAUUCUUCUGUACUCUCAUCAGAGCUCUCUCUGCCUCUGAUGGAAGGACUCUCCCCGGAUCAGAUAGAAACAUCUUCUCUGACCGAGAGCGUAUCUUCCUCCUCUGGCCUGGGUGAGGAGGACCCCCCUACCCUCCCUUCCAAGCUCCUUGCCUCUGGGGUGUCCAGAGAACAUGGUUGCCACAGCUACACUGAUGAACUGCAAGCGGUUGCUCCUUUGUAAGGAACGCGGAAGAAUCUAAGCAUCGCCACUUUAGCUGCUGAUCUCUCUGGCUCCCCGGUUCACCUCUGUGGUUGUGCAGCCUACUUGGAGCUGAAGGCUCACACGGGGAUAUCUGGAAUGAAAUUUUGGCUAGCACUCGAUCUCUUCUGCUCCAGCCUUCUAAGGGAUACUCAGCAAAGUCUCCAAUUUCCCAAAAGCAUAUGGAACCCUGAAAGGCAUGUGCAUUAGAUCUGACCGAAGCUGUCCAUCUGAGGCUGAUCCUUGGAUCUGAGCCUGCUCUGAGGGGACGUAGAGUGGAAACAGGUAACGAGAAAUAGGAAAAGCUCCCACACAGCCUGCUCUGGCUUCACGUGAACUCUGGCUACUUA